AUGGCGCCGACAUCAACCUCGUACACCACCACAACAACGCUGCACAGAGCUGCUCCCAUGGACGGACGAAAGAUGGCGACGGAAGAUGAGCGGUACCGAACCUCGAGCCAAUACCGGCUAUGGUCAUUUUCGCGGGCUCAGCUGCAUCAGCUGCGGGACAAGACCAACAUCCUAGCUCGACAGCAGAACGCGGCGCGGCUGGGAGGAGGGGAGACAGGGGCGUCGCUAGAAUUCCUAACAGCAGAGGAGGAGCUUUCGCUUGUGCGUUUCUUUACGAUCGAACUGAUACGCGCCGCACAGUUCUGCGAGCUGCCUACUGAGAUCAGGUCUACGGCGGCCAUAUUUUUCCGACGCUUCUACGUGACAAACUCGGUCAUGACGUACCCGCCCACCGAGCUACUCAAGACGUCCCUCUUCUUUGGUUGCAAGGCAGAGGGCUUCUACAUUCGCCUGGGCCGGCUGACGGAGAAACUGUCGGGCACCACACCAGAGCAGAUCCUUGCGGGAGAGUUCCUUUUGUGCCAGGGCAUCCGCUUCGCGUUCGACGUGCGCCACCCAUUCCGGGGUCUCGAGGGAGCCGUCCUGGAGUUAAGGCGGAGAUUGCCUGCUGAGCAGGAAACACGCAUUAACAGGGCACAUGCACGGUCUCGAGAGAUCCUUAAGUUUAGUCCCCUUCUCACGGACGUCUACUUCCACUACACACCCAGCCAGAUCAUGCUGGCUGCUCUACAAAUGGCCGACGCGGGCCUCGCAGACAUGCUCAUACCUGCCGAAGGUGUGCAGUCGGACAUUCGGGAAAAGAUUAUGGCCACCGUACAGGGUUGCCGUGUCAUGCUGGAGCAGGAACCACCUGAGAGGAUGGCCGAAUACUGGGAGACUGUCGAAACGGCCAAAUCUAUGAAGCCGCUGCGGAAGAAACUUCAGAAAUGCCGAGACCCAGACCGAGUCGACCUCGUUGCUCUACAAAAGGCCAGGCGCGAACAAGCCAUGAACAAGGAGGUCAAGAAGCCCACCUCAAAGAGUGACAACCCCUUUGGCGGCGACCUAAAGUCCAUUAAGGCUGAUGAUCCGUUCGGAGGAGCUUUGUGA